AUGAGCGAGAGUUUGGAGAAAGAGAGAGAAGGAACCUUCCUAGCCACGGAAGAGUCUAGUAGUAGCCGAGCGGAAAGGUGGGUACAGUCAGGGGAGGAGUGGGGAACAAGAUCGAAGGACGGCGACGACGGUGAACGUCAGAGGCGAAAUACGAGUGGAGAGAAGGGAGCGGGGAAGAGAAGAAGACCCACGAAAGCGGAGCUGCUAGGAAGGGAAAGGAGGGAUAGCAGUGUAGCGAGCAUUCCAAGCUCGUGGUUCUCGAGAAGGGGCAGAGCGCGUGAGUCGGAAGACAGUGAAGGCGAACAGCAAGCCGCGAAACGAAAGAAGGAAGGAAAGGCAGGAAAAUCGCCAGAACAGCAGGGAAAUUCAGAGGAGAAGAAAAUGGCGAAUUUAGAGGAGAUAGAAAAAAUGAUGGAAAGACAACUGCAGCGGCAUAAAGAUGAUAUGAUGAAGAUAAUAAGAAGAGAAUUAAAAGAAGAGAUGAAUUUGGAUGAUAAAAAGGAGAUCAUGAUUAGGAGAAAUAAAUUGACAGGUACGAAAAUAUAUGUAGACGAUGAUUUAACGAAGGAUGAAAGAGAAAGACAGAAGGAGAUUAGACUUUGGGCGAAGAGAGAGAAAGAGAGAGGUAGGCGAGUAAAAGUGGGCUUUGGGAAAGCAUGGAUGAAUGGAUUAAAGAGAAAAGAUGAAGAUUUUUGGGAUUUUUUGAAAGAUUACGAUGUGAUUGGUUUGACUGAGACAUGGGUGGAAGAAGCUGGGUGGGGGAAGAUAAAAGAAAAAUGCCAGAUGGAUGGAGAUGGAAAUGUCAGCCAGCAAGGAGGGAAAAGAAAAGAGGUAGAGCGAUGGGAGGGAUAA